GGGGACGAGCGGGAGGAGUUGGUGGUGGAGUGUGUAGUAGAAGUAGUAGUAGUGGUGGUGGUGGUAGACGAAGUGGUGGCAGUACGACGGGGCGCCAUUUAGGUCAGGCCGUCGCGGUGACGAAGCGAACAGCGAGCACAAAGAGAUCGGGAGAGGAAAAAUUGGAUUCGAGGGUGGGAGAAAAAGGACUCAAGGAGAGCUCGCUGUUCACGGAAAGCUGGGGGGGAUCAAAGCUAGAUAUCGUCCCGAGAGAAAACCAUGGAGGACCGGGAAAGAGACGGAAAACAUCAAUUGACAAGUGGGAAUGACGGUAAGGGGGAUUUAUUUCGGACAGAUAUUGCUUCUUUGUUUCCCCUGUCGUUCACGUCUUGCUCCCUGACUUCGGGCGGAGGUAGCGAAAAGGGAGUUGGGUGGAAGAGGAAGAAGAAGAAGAACGAGAAGAAGAAGACGACGACAAUGGAGGCAGAUGAAGAAGAGGAGGAAUGGGCAGCACAGGAGGAACCGCCCCGUGACUGGGACAGCGCAAGUCUGGGUCGAGGACAGCAAGUGGUGAGGUCAAGUGGAAAACGGAUCGAGAGGGAGAGCGAGAAAAAAAGGGCUACUACUAGCAGGCCAACACGACUAGAAUGACGGACUUACUGCUGCUUGGGAGUGUUGCAGCCAGUUCGACGGCAGGCCGGUCAGAUCCUCUCGCUUGCAGUGUGUUUAUUUUGACCCACGGGUAUCGCUCGGGAAGAGUCGACGAAGGCUCUGCAUCAAAGAGGGCUAAUGGGGAAAUGGGGGAUUUGGGGUAGAGGGAGAGAGAGGGUGGUCCUGCAGCAAACACAAACUCGGGCAACGAAGUGGUAUGCUCAGAGGAAUGUGUCUGGAAGCAAGAGGGGCAGAUUUGAUCGCGUGUUGAUCAAGUUGAAUGAAUGCCGGUGGGAAUGAUGAUAUUGCUCUACUACCUACACCUAACUCAGUACUAACUUGGGACAUGCUGCUAUGCUGCUAUGCUGCUACUAUGCCACUAACACCCUCUCUGAUUGCCAGUUACAUUGUUACGGGGUUGCAGUGACUAUUGAGAAUUUUCCGUAACAACCGUGUAUGGACAGCCCGGUGGGG